GUCAUCUUAUUUUUUUAUAUCUCUUGCAUUUUGAUACAAAAUAUUAGUAAUUCGUGAAGUGGUAUUACGUGAACAAGAUGAAAAUACGAGCCCACGCACUUCGAGAACGGUGGAAUGCGGCCCGCUAGCAUCGAGUGAUAUGACGACGCGCAGCAGCGCGACCGCGAUACGAGCGCGGCGCGGCCACAAGGAACGCUCCAAGAACUUCACGGAGCUGGAGAAGCGGACGGUGCUCGAGCUGAUCGCGCGGCACCGAGACGUGCUCCGGCAGGGGCGCUCAAACAACGCCACCAACCGCAGCAAACAGCUGGUGUGGUCGACCAUCUGCGAGGAGGUGAAUAAGCGCUGCGGAGGCGAGCGGCCGCGAACUCCAGCGCAGGUCAAGAUGUGGUACGAGAACUACAAGAAGAAGUGCAAGAUGCGCGCGCACGACUCACAGCAACCGACCUCGGAAACUCCCAGCCUCCUCGACGGCAUGCUGUGGCAGAGCAUUCACCCCCUAGAUGUCAAAGACGAGGAGGGUGAAGCGACCACAAGCCUGGAGGGUGCACACAGCGUCAAGGAUGAAGACUGUCUGCCCGUCAAUAUGUCCAAUGGCCGCCUUUCGAAUACGAACGACAGCGACGACACGAUGCCAAACGUACUUGAACCCCAAGUUCAAAUCAUACCCCAAUCGUCUCCCAGCCCACCCCACUUAAAAAGUCUUUCCACACCCCAAAUAAACCCGCUAACUCUCAACCUGCCUUUACUAACCAAUCCGCUGCAAGCGAUCGAACAAGCGAGAAUACAACAAAACUUCUUACAAAAAUUGAACGAAUUGUCAAAUACCCCACUAAAUCUAAGCCAUUUGGAUGAAGAGAAAAGAAAAAAUGGCCACGAGAGACAAGAAACGUCAGAUGACCAAAUCAAACACGACUGCGGAACAGCCACCGAAGAGGAAAGGUUAUACUUCACAGCCAAAAGGCAACAUGCUGUCUGGGAGCAUGAGGCGAAAAUGAAAAUUUUAAACAUGGAACUUAGACAGAAAGAGGAAAUUUUUUCAUUGCAAAAACAACUCUUCCUCAUUGAGUUAAGGUUAAAAAUGGAUUUCCUUGAAAAGGCCAGCGCUAAGUGACAGAUGCCAUUACCUGAUAUUUAAUUUAUGGUCAAACAGAAUGGCUUGAUCUCACAGCUGUGAAGUCAGAUUGAAACAGAAAAUAGCCCCGCUGUUUUUGUUUUAUUCAAUCAAUGGUCCACAGGCGUGAAUAUUUUAAAAUAAUUCCCUAUUGGGAUGUCUCUAUCCUGCGUUAGGCGUUGAAAAGAGACGGGUGAAACGUAAUAGAUAAUAUAAACCGCCAUAGUCCAUUUUGUGCCAUCAUCGUAAUUUUAGUUUACAGUUGUUGUUUUUUUUUAAAUAAUGUAAACCUUUGUUGCUUAGGUUUCUUUUUACUCAUUCUGCCCAACAUUUUGCUCAAAAAGGGUUAAAUUGCAUGAUUCGUUUUGAAAUAUUUUUUUGUGUAUAGGCAUAUUCAUAACUAACAACUAUUAGCCUUAUACACCUAUUUUUUCGUAAAACCAACUUGAAGUAUGCAAGUUUAGAAGGAAAUAUAGAAAUAAAAUCUACAUAUUUGGGCAUAUUCUUUUAUCACUUGCCAUGCCAUUUUAAUUUUUAUGGAAUCGUAGGUAUAGUUUCAAGUAGGAUGAAUUUUGGUACAAUUAAUAAAAACCUGUAUUUGGCGUCAUUUCAAUUCAAUGUUGCCAAAAUUAUUAUUCGAAUUGUACCAAAAAUGGGUUUUGCAUUGUGAUGAUACAGAUAGGAAUUUAUUUUUGUAACCGUUAUUUUGCUUAGGUUAUUUUGUACCAUAUUUUUUUAGUUUUUAGUACAUAUAAUGUGCUUAAAAUUAUUUUUAAUCGCGCAAAUAAAUUGCGGAUUUAUUCUUAUAGUAUUAUAUAUUUUUUUAAUAUUUUUUGGCAGCUAUUUUAUGUUACGUCGUGCAAACUAAAACUGCCACAUAUUUAAUUUCGCAUGUGUAAUUAUUGUUAUUUUUAUGUUCUUAGGUACUUAGUGUCUUGUUAAGGGACCUUUAUGUUUUAUUUUUUCAUGCAAGGUUUGAUUACCCGAUAUUUGGGGUAACUUUUGACAUUU